AUGGCUUUCCGUUUAAUUUCCAAGAGUGCCGCUAAUGCUGCCAUCGUUGCUCGCCCUACUUUAAUCAACACUUCUCGCCAAUCUUUGGGCGCUACUGCUGUUCGUCAUUACACCACCCAAAAAGAAGUUGAACCCAAGGAAAAGGCCAACAGCAUCAUCAACGCCCUUCCUGGUAACAGCCUCGUUUCCAAGACUGGUUUCCUUACAUUGGGUACCGGUCUCGCCACCUUUAUGAUUUCCAAGGAAAUCUACGUCUUCAACGAAGAAACCUUGGUCUUGGUCGCCUCUGCUGGUCUCCUCGGUGUCCUCCUCAAGUACCUCAGAGAGCCCUUCAACGACAUGGCCAACGACCACAUCAACCGCAUCAAGAACAUUUUGGUUCAAGCUCGUGAAGAUCAUAAGACUGCUGUCAACGAACGCAUCAACGAAGUCGGUCAAAUGAAGGAUCUUGUUGAAGUUACCAAGGCUCUUUUCGAGCUCUCUCGUGAAACUGCUCAAUUGGAAGCUGAGGCCUUCAAGUUGAAGCAACAAGUUGACGUUGCUCAUGAAGUCAAGGCCACUUUGGACUCUUGGGUUCGUCAUGAAGCCAAUGUUCGUGAUCGUGAGCAAAAGCAAUUGGCUGCUUAUUUGAUUGAGAAGAUCAACAAGGACUUGCAAGAUCCCAAGAUUCAACAACAAAUUCUUGAGCAAGCUAUUAUCGAUGUCCAAAGAAUUGCCAAGACUCAUUAG